AUGGCGGACCGAAUAACUCAACUGCAGGACUUGGUCAAUGAGUUAGCUAAUCACAUGUGUAACUCGAUAGGAGCAUUGCAAGCCCUUGCUCCUUCAUGCGACUUUAACUCAUCGUCUAAGCAAUUAGAAAGUGAACCGAAUUGCGCUUUGUUUGCCGCUAAUAUUGCUCACACCGCAAAGGACAUUGAAGUUCUCAUUGAUUCUUUACCAGUGGAAGACCCUGUGACAGGUGGCGUUGAAUGCGACGAAGAACUUUUGAAAAUGGAUGAGCAGCGACGCCGGGUUACAGAAGGCGAGGAGUUAAUAGAGCUAAUUCAGAAGAAGCUCUCGGAAAUAGCGCACAUCCAAAUGGAGUCACGACCGUCAAUGUGA